CACUGCAGUGAAGUACUCAAGAGUAAUGUGAGCAUUCUCUCACAAAUGGCUUUCAAAGCUCUGCCGGUGUUUGUAUUGGCCACUUUUCUGCUACUUUCAACAACUGUUGCUUACAAUGAGGUGGGAGAGAAGAUUGAGGAGGCUGCUGCUCCGGUGAAAUCUGCACCGCCAUACAAGGUCCCUACUCCACCAUAUAAACCCCGAGCUCCUGCACCGCCAACCAAGGCUCCCACUCCCCCAUAUAAGCCCCCAUCUACUUCACCACUAGUCAUGCCUCCAACUCCAGCACCAGCACCCGCAACAAAGGCUCCAACACCGCCAUAUAAGCCUCCAACUACAGCACCAGCACCCCCAACAAAGGCUCCAACCCGCCCAUAUGAGCCCCCAACUCCUGCACCAGCACCCCCAACAAAUGCUCCAACCCCAUCAUAUAAGUCCCCAACUCCUGCACCAGCACCCCCAACCAAAGCUCCAACACCCCCGUAUAAGGCCCCAACUCCUGCGCCUCCAGUUAAACCCCCUACACCACUAUACAAGCCACCAACAACUCCAGCACCACCGACGAGUACACCUCCUUACAAGCCACCAAGUCCACCAUUGCCACCCGUUAGGGCAAGAAAGGAUUGCAUCCCAUUAUGUGGACAGAGGUGUAAAUUACAUUCAAGGACUAACCUGUGCUUGAGAGCAUGCAUCACAUGCUGUGACAGAUGCAAAUGUGUUCCACCAGGGACAUAUGGCAACAGAGAAAUGUGUGGCAAGUGUUACACCGACAUGAAAACCCACGGCAACAAGCCCAAAUGUCCUUGAAAAAAACAACACUUGUGGAGGCUGUUUUCUUAUAUACAUGUAAUAGCUAAAAGCUUGGUGUAACAAGUUUUGUAAGAAGGGAGACAAUGAAUGGUUUUCUUGUAAUCCUAGAGCCUAUGAACUUGUCAAAAUGGUUUUAAUUAUCAUAAUUCAAGAUAUAAAUUAGUGUAGAUUGUGUUCCCUUUUGUUCUUGGUAAU